UAGGGAGAUAAUGGUGGGCCGGAAGCCGAUGCGCCGCCGGCGCCGUGCCGACAACCCGCCACCGCAGUCCUUCGGCGCAACGGGCCGGCCGACCUCCCCCCGCUCCUCCACCUCUGCCUCCGCCGUCGCUGACCUGGACGACCUCCUCACAGCCCCGCCGCCGUCCGCGUCGGAGCCCCGGAGCUUCCCGUACGCGGUGAAGCAGCAGUGCUGGGAGAAGGCGGAGAAGGUGCCCGGGCGCGACCCGGAGAGGUGGCGCCGCGACGCGCUCGGCAACAUCGUCUUCCGCAAGCUCGUCGGCUGCCCCGGCUGCCUCUGCCACGACUACGACCACAUCCUCCCCUACUCCAAGGGUGGGAAGAGCACAUUGGAGAAUUGCCAGGUUUUACAGGCUACCGUGAAUCGAUCUAAAGGGAACAAUACUGAGAUAUCCAAAUCUGAACUGGCGCAGAGAAGUGCGUACUGUCGGGUGUCAGGACGUGAUAUGGAUCUUUUUGAACUCUCUGCCUUUGGGAAUGUUCGACGAGAGCCAGAUUCAGGGGGCUGCAAAAUCCAAUGAAGAAAAGGAAUAUAUCUGAUGCGUGAUGUUAACCAGCUUUGGGCAGUUGCCUCGAAUCUGAGAAGGGAAAUCUUAGUUGAUGGUUGUGUCAAAUAUGUUUAGUUAUUUGUCUGUAAUUUCAUACUUUGAAUGAAUUAUCCAGGAAAUAGAAUCUGCAAUUUUUGCAGCCUGA